AUGAGACGUAGUGAACGCAUUGCUGCCCGCGCAAAGGCAGAAGGACGGUUGAACGUGUGGUAUGUCUUUAGGAACGUGGUCGAGAAGUACCCGAAUGCGCUCUGUGUCUGGUCAAGGACCGGCUCGUAUACAUUUCGUCAAGUUCUUGAUAUUUCCUGCCAGUAUGGGAAUUAUUUCCUUUCCAUUGGCGUGAAGCGUGGCCAUUUGGUGGCAUUUUACCUACAGAAUUCCCCCGAAUUUGUGUUUGCAUGGCUCGGCCUGUGGUCUAUCGGUUGUGGUCCCGCAAUGAUUAACUACAAUCUCACAGGGGCGGGGCUGAUUCACUGCCUCAAACUCAGUGGAGCAGAUGUCAUAGUUGUGGACGCAGACGCUGAAUGCACGGCACGGAUUCAUGACCAGAGGAAUGAGAUUGAGAAUGAUCUCAAGAUGCAUUCUGUGUUUUUAGAUGAUUCUCUCAAGAGUCAUAUUUCCUCAUUUCCGACAGCUGUUUCGGAUAGAAGUCUUCCUCGCAACAUGGAUGGUGAAUUCCCAUCUAUGCUUCUUUAUACCUCAGGCACAACUGGGCUACCCAAAGGAUGCGCGUUUACUAUGAAUCGGAUGUAUACUAUGAUCUUCCAGAAAGAUUUACGCGACAGAGAAGGUUAUGGAGGUGACAGGUGGCAUGUGUGUAUGCCGAUGUACCAUGGCACUGCCUCUGUUUGCAUCAUAGCCUGCAUACUCACUGGUGUGAGCGUUGCUAUAGCCAAGAAGUUUAGCACGAGCAGGUUUUGGAAAGACAUUCAUGAUUCCAAAUCGACAUACUUCGUUUAUGUUGGGGAGACCGCUAGGUAUCUACUUGCUGCCCCACCCUCGCCAUUGGAUCGCGGUCAUAAUGUUCGCUGCAUGUACGGCAAUGGCCUGCGACCCGACGUUUGGGAGAAAUUCAAGGAACGGUUCGGUAUUCCAAAUGUUGCAGAGUUCUUCAGUAGCACGGAAGGACUCUUUACGUUGAUCAAUUACGACAGCGGUCCCUACCAAUCCCGUUGUGUCGGACAUCACGGUGCUAUCCUCCGCCGCCUGAUGCAUAAUGUUUAUAUCCCCGUUGUUAUCGACCCCAUGACUGGAGAUAUGUACCGCGAUCCAAAAACAGGUUUCGCAACGCGUGCUCCGUAUAGCGAAGGAGGCGAAAUCAUCAUCUCCGUGCCCGACGAAUCUGCCUUCCAGGGCGACUGGAAGAACCCCGACGCGACAGCUAAGAAGUUCGUCCGGGACGUUUUCAAGAAGGGGGACAUUUACUAUCGUACCGGGGACGCGCUUCGCCGCACAGAUGAUGGCCAUUGGUACUUCCUCGAUCAUCUCGGCGACACAUUCCGCUGGAAAUCCGAGAACGUGUCCACUACAGAAGUAGCCACCGUCCUGGGCGAAUACCCCGGUGUCGCCGAGGCUAACGUUUACGGCGUCUCUGUGCCUACCCACGAAGGUCGUGCCGGCUGUGCGGCUAUCCUCAUCCAGCCUGAUCAACGGGUCAACUUGGGCUUUGCCGCUUUUGCUCGAUAUGCGCGCGAAAGGUUGCCCAAGUACGCGGUUCCGGUAUUUUUGCGCCUAGUCGAAGCUUCUAACCACACUCACAACCAGAAACAAAAUAAGGUCCCCUUGAGGGAUGAAGGCGUCGAUCCCGACAAACUAGGGUCGAAGGCUCCGGAAGGAAAGAAUGACAGAUUCUUGUGGCUUCUUCCACAGAAUGAUACAUACUUGGAAUUUGGGCGAAGCGACUGGGAAGACCUGGUCAGCGGCCGUGUUAAGCUAUGA